AUGCCUCUAUUGAACAAGAAACCGAUCGGAAGACGUGAAGUUCCUUCUAAUUUAAAGCUUACCGAUAAAGUCUACUAUUUGGAGGCAAGCAAUGAGAUAUUUACCAAUUAUGAUGAAUUUUUCGAACGGAUGAUUCAACUGAACUCCACACUAUUCUCAUGUGAGUUCACAGGCAAGACUGGUCUAACUUACUUUGAAGCGUUGGACUCGGAAAAACAGGCUAUGAAGGCGCUUGGGAACUUCCCGCCUCAACUGGAGCAAUCUGUGCUUUUUCUGGUUAGAAACUACUUAUGUCGAGGUCGAUUUGAAGAUCUACUUAAUGAUGUAUCUUUAUUUAUGAAGGAUCGAUAUUUUGUUGACGAGGAGUGUUUCUAUGUCGAUGCUGGCCAGAGGAUUCCUGUAAGAGUGACUGGAGUCAAAUCAAUUCGAGACUGGCAGCCAGAAAACACAUCCAGCAAAGAGCCUCAAAUACCUCCUCCUGAUGUAUUCCGCUACUCUUUGGAGUUCCUCGACAAUAACUUCCAUUCUGACGGUUAUUCCGGUCCAGACGCAGAUGAGAAUCCAAUCUUCGACCACACCUCUUUACACCGAGCACGAAGUGUUGCCUCGAAGCCGAAGCUGAAACUGUUCUUGAAAAACUCUUGCGUUGUUCGAAAAGGAAGAUAUGAUAUCAAAGAAAAGUUCAUUAAUGAAAUAGAUGCCUUGACCUGGGAAAGUGUAUGCGGAGGUCCGCCGCCACUAUAUCCACGAACUCCAAUGUUACAACGAGGACGGCAGCCAAAGACCCCUAAUUCUUCUGCGUCAACUUCAUCGACGCCAGCAGGAAAGCUGGAGGGGACACCUGGGAACUCCGAAGAACUUACACCUGCUAAUGAGACUCCAAAGGCGGUGAAGGAGAAAAGAGCAUAUACAAAGAGAACAGAAACUCCUAAAGGAAUGACUGAGAAGAAAAGACUGCAGAUUAUGGCCCAACAAGAAGAACUCGCCCCGCUUUUUGAAAGUGCUAGGAAAUUUGGAGUGGAUCUAACUAAAUACGAGCAAAAAACAAAAGUACUUUCCACGCACGAGAUUGCAGAACUUAAAGUUUUAAUCAAAUCCUCAAGAACCCAAGAACGAGAACAAGCUCGUGAAGCAAAAAAGAUGAAAAUCAAAGCGAAACACGAAUGGGCAAAGAAAAGAGAUGAUCUGGAUUGUGAUGAUUUGAAGGCUUUCCCUGUCUAUCCAGCGUUGAAUCUCCCCGUUUGGUUGAAUGAUGAAGAAUUAUCCGAGUACCUUGCUAUAUUGCAAUUUUUCACGGCAUUUCAGGAGCUGCUUCCAAUCAAGGAGGUCAGAGGUACACACCGUGUGAGCUUAACCGACGUCAUAAUGGCUAUUCGGUGCGCGGACCCCCAGUAUAGCACGUAUGCUGACUUGAUGAAAAUUCUUCUAUCAGCGAGAACUGAUCGAGCAGAUGAAGAGGACGGAGAUGAAGCCGAUUUAAGCAAUAAGGAUGAAAUAGCGCUAAUCCAGCUGCAGAACUGUGAUCCGGAUCAUAAAAUUCACGGUGAAAGAAUACGGGAGAUGAACUAUUUGCAUGAAGAGAUCCGUCUUACGCAUGGCCAAUCAUUGCGACACAUACCGGUCGACUGGAUGACUUUAACUGAGUUAAUACGGUUAGUGCUACUAACUUCUGGAUACUAUACUGGCCAAAGUACGCAUCGACAUCGACUAUUUGCAAGGGGAAACUACAAAGGAUAUGAAGAUGCAGGAUACGUUUAUCGAAUGAAUCAUCCGGAGACUAUGGAGAAGCUGCGCACUGGUACCGUUUUCGACUUGACUCCAAUCGAGCGGUUAGAGCUCAUGAAAGUUGUUGUAUUUCAACUUCUCAGCUAUAACAAGUUCCGAAGUCGUCAGGACGAUCGGCUUUUUGAGUUGUGGGAACAAAGGAGAGAGUUGAAGAAGCUGAGAAAUUGGGACCAGACGCAGGAACAGGAUGCUAAAGAAGCAAGAUUGGCUCGUGAAUACGAAAAAGAUCUCAUAGAGGAACAAGGAGCAGAAGCAGCCAAGCAACAACUGACUGAGCGACCAGUUCCAUCCGAGGAGACCACAAAGCUUAAGCAUCACCUCAAAGCAGUCCAUGAUUCACGGCGGCUCGAUCGAGAAGAGCUCGAACAGAUCCUACUUUCUGGUGUGGCCUUUCAUGAAUUGGAGCUUUCGGAGAUUAUUGUUGCCCGUGAUCUGCAGCGUGAAAAAGUUCAAGAGGUUGAAAAGAAAUUGUUGGAAACAAUAUUUGAUCUCACAUCGAUAGCCGGACAACUGCAUCUUGGCAGAGAUCGGGCGUUCAGGAAUUAUUUCCUUUUGGAAUGCUUACCGUGUUUGCUCGUUGAGAAUCCUAUAGAAGCAGAUCAUGUGGGAGUCUGUGGUGAACCCACUCCUGUUGCAGAUUGUAGUGAGUACGGUAGCGAAGAGGCAACUCGUCAGUUUGUUCUCGGCUGCUCUGGAAACAUGAACACCUGUUCCGUUCAUGGCGAAGGACAGAAACGAAGACCGAGAUGGACCUUUGUGGAUUCGAUGGAAAAGAUAGAUCAGAUCAUCGCAGCAUGCAACCCCCGGGGAUUGCGCGAAAUCGAUCUCGCCGAGGAAAUAACAUUUCAUCGGCCACGAAUUGCCGAGGUCAUGAAGAAGGUGGAAUCGAGGUUAGCCAACGGACAGUUCUCGUCGUUAUUCAUGGUAGACGAACUGGAUCCUGCUCAGAUGCAAAGUGGUGUCGAAUGGGAUGUCGAAAUCAGGGAACUUCUGCUGGAUCUUGAAGAAAAGAUAGAACAAGGGCUUCUUGGUCGUCUACCGCCGACCAUAGAUCGACAAAAGUGGCGCGAUCUUCUUUUGGAAACGGGUGAUGUGACGUCGUUGAUCGACCACGACGUAGUUGUUAGAGGAGCCCAUGAUGAACUUGUAUGGACAAAGAACGAGCUAUCUAGGCUAACUGAUGUCCAAAAGCUUUCCGUCGCGUUUCUACAGCUGGUGCAGUGUAUAAGCUUAAAAUUCCUUCAGAAACCAUUCGGAGUCAUGAAGACGGAUGACAAAGGACGACACGUUGUUAUGCCUACAGCUCUCUUCCUUAGAUGGCAACGAAAAUUGCUGGCUUGUAAUUCAAUACCAGCUAUCUGCCUUUUUCUGUCUACUUUAGAACCUGCUAUUAUGUGGGAUAAGAGCAGAUUACAGGCCCGUUGUCGCGCAUGUCGUCGCAAAGCAAACGCAGAACAACUUGUGUUAUGUGCCGAUUGCGAUCGUUGCUAUCACUUUGAAUGUGCUAGACUUGAUAGUGGACCAGCACCUUUGGAUUGGUGUUGUGCAGAUUGCAAAGCAGUACAACGGAAAAUUGCUGCUGCUGAGAAAAGAAAGGCGCAAAAAGAAGCCACAUUACUGCAUGAGCAAGAGGAUUUGGAAAACGAGCACGUUGGAGAUGAGAAUAGUCUGAAUACAAGUAUGGAGGAAGAGCUAUCACAGACCAAUGGUCACAGUAACAACAAUGUAUUCCGCACUAGUAGCGGUCGUGCAGUGCGGCGUGUACAAUACGACGACGGUGGUUCAACACCCGAUUUUGAAUCAUCACCACGUCCGUUAAAGUCCUCUAAACGGCAAUCCGUACGGUCUAACGGUUUCGUGAAUACGGAAUUUGUUGAGGAUGACUUAGACUAUGACAGCGAAUCAUCGUCGAUUUCCAAGAGCAAAAGGAAACGAAAAAUUUCAGAUGUUGAUGAAUACACAGAAUCUCCAAUACGUAGUUUUGCACCAAUCCUGCGUGAUGCUGAUGUAACAUCGAGAGCUAAAAUUGAAGAGUUGGAAAAAUUGAUCAGAGAGGCUAUGCGAGAGCCGUAUGCGUGGCCUUUCUUGGAGCCCGUGGAUAAGAGAGAAGUUCCGGACUACUACAACGUGAUUACUCGCCCCAUGGACCUCAGAACAAUGAUCAAUAAGAUAAAGCAACGAGUAUAUGAUACACCGGAAGAAGUUCGAUCGGAUGCAUACCUCAUUAUCGCAAACUGCAAAGAAUAUAACGAAGAAGGCAGUGAGAUAUAUGAUUGUGCUGAACGGCUUGAAGACUUCUUUCAAGAGAGAUUUCAAAUUUUCUUCGAAGACAAAAAGAAGAGGAGGUAA